UCUAUGGCCAACAAAGCAUCAUAACCUCUUCAAAACUUCAGUUUCUAGAUUGUGUUGAUAUUCUGUUAUAAAUAAAAUAGAUAUAGGGUUUGUGUGGAAAGAUAAAUAUGAAAGACGUCAUAGAUGUGAUGGCUCUGCAGACGAGUAGGCGUGAGAGGCGGCUGCCCGACUACCGCAGUGCUCCCGGUCAUAGCUUAGCUACAAAUUUUAUAUUCGAAUGUGGCAUAAAACUAGGAUUACAGCCGGCUACCGUAGCAACGGCUGCAAUAUUUUACCACAAAUUUUUCAAAGACGUUGACAAAGUCGAUUAUGACUGCUAUGUGAUAUGCACAGCUUGCUUGUGUGCUGCUGGGAAAUCGAGAGACGAGCCUGUGAGACUACGAGACGCUGUAAACGUCGCACAUAAUUCUAUCAAUCGUGGAGCUGGACCUUUAGAGUUGGGUGAAGAGUACUGGUCGUGGCGCGGCGCUGUGGCACAGGCAGAGUUACUAGUCCUCAGAUUACUUGGCUUUAACUUGGACGCGCCUGCUUCCCAUCGAUACUUACUGCACUAUUUGCGAUCACUUCAAGAAUGGUUCCCUGCGUCGCAGUGGCGGGCGGCGCCGAUAGCUCGCACGGCUAUGGCGUUCCUUCAAGACUUCCACCACUCUCCUGCUAUACUGGAAUACCGCGCACCUCAUAUUGCAGUUGCAUGUUUAACUCUGGCGCUCCAUGUCUUGGGUGUGCCAGUGCCACUUGCAUCUACCUUAGACGAUGAAACUGCAUGGUAUUCGGUGUUUACAAAAGAUUUACAAAAGGAGAAGAACUGGGAAAUAAUGGAAAAGAUUAUGCAAGUUUACAGCAGAGAACCUGAACCAAUAUAAUUCAUUGUAUAUUUUAAUUUUAAUAUAACCUAAAUAGCUAACUGAA